UGGGGUUUAAUUGUAAAACUUAACCUUCCUAUUGUCGGAUCCGAAAGUCUCUCUCUCUCUCGAUUUUGCGUUAGAUGGCUUCGUCUUCUUCAUCAUCUCCGACGCCGGAUGCUGUGACCGCGAUGGACGAGGAGCUGACUCUGAUAGUCAAAUGGAGCGGGAAGGAGUACACACUCCGAAUCUGCGCCGACGACUCUGUUGCUGAGCUGAAACGUCGCAUCUGCUUUCUCACCAACGUCUUGCCCAAGCGCCAGAAGCUUCUUUACCCCAAAGUCGGAAACAAGCUCUCCGAUGACUCUCUUCUGCUCUCUCAGAUCCCUCUCAAGCCUUCUCUCAAGAUGACCAUGAUCGGUACUACGGAGGAUGAUAUAAUAGUAGAUCAAGUAACAUCGGAUGACGUUGUUGAUGACUUUGAGCUUGGUAAGGAGGAAGUGGUGGAUAUUGAAGACAAAGAGAUUAAUAAGCAGAAGCUGAGGAGGAGAAUUGAUCAGUACAAGAUUAAGCUUGUUAAUCCAUGUCGCAAAGGCAAAAAACUGCUUGUUCUAGAUAUUGACUACACUUUGUUUGAUCACCGUUCCACUGCCGAGAACCCGUUGCAGCUUAUGCGUCCCUAUCUUCAUGAGUUUCUUACUGCUGCUUAUGCAGAAUAUGAUAUCAUCAUUUGGUCUGCCACUAGCAUGAAGUGGGUUGAGUUAAAGAUGGGAGAGCUUGGUGUGUUGAACAAUCCGAACUACAAGAUCACAGCGCUUCUCGACCAUCUAGCCAUGAUCACAGUUCAGUCAGACUCUCGUGGGAUCUUCGAUUGCAAGCCACUAGGUUUAAUUUGGGCACUAUUACCUGAGUUCUACAACGCCCAAAACACCAUCAUGUUCGAUGAUCUGCGAAGGAACUUCGUGAUGAACCCUCAAAACGGUCUUAAAAUCAGGCCGUUUAGGAAAGCUCAUGUGAACCGAGACAAGGAUGACGAGCUUGUAUUGCUGACUCGGUACCUUCUGGCAAUAGCAGAGCUCGAUGAUUUGAGUUCUUUGGAUCAUAGCAGAUGGGAGACAUUCACAGAAGAUAGCGUCAAAAGGCGCAGGCACACAUAAAACUUUCUUAACCCUAUUGCCGUUGUUUAGAUAUGUUGUUGUUGCUGGCUACUUCGUAUGUUUUAUGGUAACUUUGUUAGUAUAUUCACCUUAAGAAAUUUCUAAAUACUAUAAGGUUUCUUAUUA